AUGGCCGCUUCGCUUAAGGAACCAGUUAGCAGAGAGUACACCAUCAACCUCCACAAAAGGUUGCACGGUAUCCAAUUCAAGAGAAGAGCUCCAAGAGCUGUGAAGGAGAUCAAGAAGUUCGCCACAUUGCACAUGGGAACAGAGGAUGUCAGAUUGGACCCUAAGUUGAAUGUCGCUUUGUGGAAGAGAGGUAUCCAGGGUGUCCCAACCAGAUUGAGACUUAGAAUCUCCAGAAAGAAGAACGAGGAGGAGAGUGCUAAGUCGAAGAUGUUCUCUUACGUUGAGUACGUUAAUGUUCCAUCUAUCAAGGGAUUGCAGACUACUGUUGUUGAGGAUGAGGCUUAA